AUGGACCCACUCAGGGCCCAGCAGCUGGCCGCAGAGCUGGAGGUAGAGAUGAUGGCCAACACGUACAACAGAACGACCAGUGCCUACCACCGGAAAUGCGUGCCUCCCCACUACAAGGAAGCAGAGCUGUCCAAGGGCAAGUCCGUGUGCUUGGACGGGUGUGUCUCCAAGUACCUGGACAUCCGUGAGCGGACGGGCAAGAAGUUGACAGAUUUGUCUAUGCAGGAUGAGGAGCUGAUGAAGAGGGUGCAGCAGAGUUCUGGGCCUGUAUGA